AAGAAGACGAAAACCGUUUGCUUUGUCUGAGGGACCAACUGACUUUUCAAAGUCUCUCGUUUUAGUCAAUCGCAGCUCUCUCUUACUCUCUCUCUCUAUGUUUUUUUCUUUUUUGUGGGUAAUGCAGCUUGAAGCUUUCUUUCGUUUCCCGUCCAAGUGUUCAGUUCCAACAACUAAGCAGGCAUAUUUUAUGAGAAAUGGCUGGGGAAAGAGAUGAGACACCAAUGUUGUCAGAUUGUCAUCCGCGGUCACUCGAUGAACACGUGGAUUCGCAGUUCAGAAGAUCCGUCCCGUGGACUCGAAGCGCAUCGCUUUCUAUUGACAUGCCAUCAAUGGAAUCACAUGAGAGAGAGACUAACCUUGUUGGCCACACUGGCCCCUUAAGGAGUCAAAGAACUCCAUUUGUAGCUAUGAGUGGUCCACUAUCCAGUAACCGCAGAGCAGAUAAUCUUGUUUUUCGACCAAGUCAGGUUGCGAAACCGCAAAAAGAAGCAACACCCAGAAUAGAAAAGUUUCCUUCCAUUAGUGGAAUGAACCAGAAUGAUUGGGCUGAUGACAACUUUGGCAAGAAAAAUGAUCAUCUACUGAGGUCUGGGCAAUUGGGAAUGUGCAAUGAUCCUUACUGCACUACCUGCCCAAGUUAUUACCAUUACCAGCCGAUUCCGCAGAAACACCCGAAAGGGUCGGGUAUAUUUGAUCCCCAUUUCCAUAAUGCUCUCUAUGGGGAUGCUAAAGGUUGGGCGAGGAGAUUUUUCUCUUUUCUGAGUCCGUAUAUUCCCGGAAUUAUGAAUCCCCAUGCUAAAGUUGUGCAACAAUGGAACCAAUUUUUUGUUAUUUCUUGCUUGAUAGCAAUAUUUGUAGAUCCAUUGUUUUUCUUCGUGCUGAAAGUUGAAAAGGACAACAAAUGCAUAGUCAUUGAUUGGCCAGUGGCCCAUACACUUGUAGUUCUCCGAAGCUUGACGGAUUUCAUAAACCUUUUACACAUUUUUCUGCAGUUUAGGCUGGCUUAUGUGUCUCCCGAGUCUAGAGUGGUUGGUGCUGGAGAGUUAGUUGACCAUCCGAAAAGAAUCGCUCUCAAUUACCUUCAAGGAUAUUUUUUUGUUGACUUUUUUGUUGUAUUGCCGCUUCCUCAAAUAAUUAUAUUAUUAGUUCUACCAAACCACUUGGGAUCAUCUGGAGCAAACUAUGCAAAAAAUCUUCUGCGUGCUGCGAUCCUUGUUCAGUAUAUGCCAAGGUUGUGUAGGUUUCUACCAUUGCUUGCUGGUCAGUCUCCAAGUGGCUUCAUAUUUGAGUCAGCAUGGGUGAAUUUCAUUAUUAAUCUUCUGACCUUUGUGUUAUCCGGCCAUGUUGUUGGGUCAGGGUGGUACCUCUUCGGGUUACAGAGGGUUAAUCAAUGUCUUCGAGACGCUUGCCAUAGCUCUGGAAACAAGGUGUUGUGCAAAUAUAUCGAUUGUGGACAUGGUGAUAAUUAUAAAAAUGCUUCAGAUUUAGCCAUGCAGAACACUUGGAAAAGUAACGCAAAUGCUGCUGCUUGCUUUUCCGACGGUUUUCCAUAUGGAAUUUACGACAAAGUUGUUCUCCUUACGACAAAGGGCAGUGUGAUUACUAGAUACAUAUAUUCAUUGUUUUGGGGAUUCCAGCAAAUCAGUACUCUAGCUGGAAAUCAAACUCCAAGCUAUUUUGUUUGGGAAGUUCUUUUCACAAUGGCCAUUAUUGGACUUGGCCUCUUGCUUUUCGCUCUCCUCAUUGGCAACAUGCAAAACUUUCUCCAAGCUCUCGGAAGGAGGAGGCUAGAAAUGUCGCUACGACGUCGAGAUGUUGAGCAGUGGAUGAGCCAUCGGCGCCUACCAGAAGAACUUAGAAGGCGAGUGCGGCAAGCGGAAAGGUAUAACUGGGCAGCCACCAGAGGGGUUAAUGAGGAAAUGCUUUUCGAGAACUUGCCUGAAGACCUUCAGAGAGAUAUAAGACGCCAUUUGUUCAAGUUCAUCAAGAAGGUUCGAAUAUUUGCCCUCAUGGAUGAUCCAAUCAUAGAUGCCGUCUGCGAAAAGCUAAGGCAAAAGACGUACAUCAAGGGGAGCAAAAUUUUGUAUCAAGGUAGUCUAAUUGAGAAGAUGACUUUUGUGAGCGUCGUAGAUAAUGGGACUAAGGAUACCUUGUCUGAAGGUGACGUUUGCGGCGAGGAACUUCUCACUUGGUGUCUUGAGCACUCUUCAGUGAACAAAGAUGCGAAAAAGAUCAGGAUUCCGGGAAAGAGAUUGCUAAGCAAUAGGACAGUGGUGUGUCUGACGAAUGUAGAAGCAUUUUCACUCCGAGCAGCUGAUCUCGAAGAAGUCACCAGCCUUUAUUCGAGAUUAUUGCGAAACCCACGUGUUCAAGGAGCCAUUAGAUAUGAGUCGCCUUACUGGAGAAAUCUUGCGGCAUCAUGUAUUCAAGUAGCAUGGAGAUACAGGAGAAAAUGCUUGAGUCGUGCAGAUACCUCUCAAUCAAACCAAUCACCAAGCAAGUAGGCUUCAUUUUAUCACAACAACAACAUGAAAUACAAGCCUUAAUCCUAAAUUAAUUGGGGUCGGCUAUAUGGAUUUCUCGUUUCCAGUCUGCUCUAUUAAAUAUGAGACCCUCCUGAAGCUCUAGAUCUUGAAAGUCGUGCUUAACUACGUCAGCCCAAGUAAUUCUUGGUCUACCCCUCACUCUCUUAGUAGUAAGUAUUUGGAUGUUCUCCCAAACAUGAACAAGUGCAUCUAAAUUUUAUAUAUUUAAUUAUUUUUUCUUUGCCUUUUCUUUGCUUAUGGUAUAAAAAAAUGUAUAUUGUGACCAGCAGAUGAAGACAAAGAACUUUUCAUAUCUACGCAGUGAGUCCCCUUAGUUCAUAGUUAUAGAAAUGUAUUGUAUUUAUAUACCUGUAUACAUGAUAAAUUAGACUAGUAACCUCAAUUAGUUGUAUAAAUUUCUUUAUCUGAAAUCACACUUUCUGUUAUUUGUU